AGGGGUGGGGCUGGUAAAGGUUGCACCUAGGAAAUACAAAAGUCUUCUUUGUAUAUAUCUGCCCUGUAAUGGCUCUCCCUGCCACCCUAAGAGAAAACAGUACAUGGACACCGAAAACCCAUAGACCCUCCAAUCAGAAGAUAUUUGAAGAGAGGAUGACAUUGAUAAAGAAAUGGUAUUCAGCCUGGGAUGAAGGACAAAGAUGGACUCUCCUGGAAUACCUCUUACGUCAACAGAAUGACUCGCAGUUGUUGCUCAUCCAUAGCCUCCUACAUCCUACAAUGCUCCCACCCGACCACGACUUCACCAGAGUGCUGCCUAGGUACAUUACACUCAAUAUAUUCUCUCUGUUGGACCCCCAGAGUUUAUGCAGAGCUGCACAAGUUUGUUGGUUUUGGAAAUUCUUGGCUGAGAGUAACAGCAUCUGGCAGAAGAAGUGCCUGAAGUUGGGUUGGUUCCUACCUAUACCCUCACUGUCCUUUGACUACACAGUGUGGAAGAGGCACUACAUUGCCUGUGUGUGCCAGCUGCACUGGAAUCCACCACAGGCUCCUGAGGUAGAAGAGGAAGAAGACGUUGAUACAUUUGAUUUGGAUGCUCAGCUAGAAGAGACAAAUACGAAAAAAAAGAAGCGUUUGAAAGCGCACCAACAUACUCUAUCUAACGAGGAGCGUAAGCCGUGGCGAGACCCGGACAAGAACCCACAUGACACCCACUAUCAGCACGAUUCACUUUAUGCCAGUAUGAUAGGUCUCAGGCGUACUCAGCAGCUCAAUCAAAGCCAAUCUCCUCUUACCCUGGCCCCGUACCAAGUAGCCCUUCUUGGAGCUACCAGAGACAGCACUGUAGAGCUACCUCCUCCUGACAGCCUCAUACAUCCUGUUCUCCUCGAGAAAAUGCGACUGAAUGGCUCGCCCUCUACAAGACACACACAGUUAACCACUCUCAAUAUCGACCAGUCGCAACAAGAUAUUCAUGAAGCUUUCUAUGACCUACACAAAUCCAACCCCUUCCCAAGAUUACCUCCUUACUAUGUGCACAAGUCCGAACACUCGCAUGCAGGCCAGAUUGAGACAAGCUCUUACACAACCAACAGGCCACCUAGUGGAAGAUCAAGAUCUGAUGCAAGGAGAGUGACUACAGAGGACCUUGGCACUCAGUCUAAGCCAAGCACAACACCUACUUCCUUACUAAAGUACCGCAAAGAAUCACCAGGUAGUACAAGACAACAUCACACAGGCUUGAGGUCACGACCAUGGACAAUUCCAAAUGAUUCAGAGGAUGAUGAAACAUAAUUGUUCAAAAUAAUGGUGAUUGAGAAACAGUUCAGUUUUGUCGGUCACCACCGAUAGUGUGCAAAUGCUCUGUUAGCCUCAGCCAAUCGGUGUAAAUCUUGUUUUCUUUUAAUAGCAGUGCCCUGAAUG